UUUUUUUUUUUCAAUUUCAAUCAUCUUGCAUCAACGCCAGACAUAUAGAUCUAUUCAAAAUGCAUUCCAGCUAUAUCCUCGCUCUCACUCUUUCAGCUGUUGGCCUCAUCAGCGCACAUGGCAACGUUCAAGUCGUAACUGGCGAUCAAGGUGGCAAUGGCACCGCUCUUGGCAUCAAAGGUGCAGUCGUGGCCAGGUUUGGAGCCAACAGCGAGACCGAGAAGGACACCACCGUCUUUGGCGGCAAUGCCAACGACCCCAUGAAGGACGGUCUUGGCAAGACUACAGCCAACGGCAAACUCCAAGUGUCCGACCUGGCAGAUGCCAUGGCACUGUCAGGCACCACACUACCUCAAGUGUCCGCUGACGGCACCGGCUCCAUCAACGGUACCUGGAGAAUCGUCACCAGCGACGGCACGGCAAACAACAAGGCUGGAAAGCUCUUCGCCGUGGUCGACGAGACGGGCACGGGUGCAUACUCCAAGGGCACACAGCUGGCUGCCACCUCGGACAUGGUGGGUAACGGACAGGGCAAUGUGGUCCAGCGCAUGGUAACACGUGCCCUCCAAGCCGUUGGUAUCCAGAAGCGUGCCACCAAUGUUGGUGCCGAUGCACCUUUCUCGGUCAAGGUCCCUGCCGGCCUCACCUGCACCGGAACCGAUGCUACAAGCGGACAAAGUAACUUUUGUCUCAUGAAGAUUGUUAACAACAACGGCAACGGUCCCUUUGGUGGUAACAUUGCUUUCCAGAUUGCAGGUGCCAGCACAGGAAACACAACCGCCGCAGCUAGCACCACGAAAGCGGCUGGCACAACAAACGCGGCUAAGGCUUCCAAGUCCGGCAAGCGGCAAUCAUUCCAAGCAUAAGGCUACACUUGUCAGGCUUGGUUUGUUAAGCAGGAUAACACGAUGAUGGGACUUAGGUUUCAAAUCAUGACGGCACGGCUAUAUUCCUGCUCUUCGGUAUCGGACUGGUGCCUUGAGAAGAAAAGGAUGAUAGCAUAGAGAAUUACCGUUCGUCCUAGUGACCGGUUUCUCUCAUCUAUUGGAAUGAGAUAUAUAAUACCAAUAAUAAAAGAAAAAGAAAUAAAAAUCCAUUGAAG